AUGGGGAAAACAACAAACAUACCCAUCCGACCCGUUCGCCAUAACUCUACCACUCCUCAAGCUCCCCCAGAUGAUUCAAUACAUGCGCCCGAGGCAUCCCCGAGGUCCCCAUCUCUUACCGGCGUCGAUCAAACGCUAUCUCCGCUUCCCCGCGCAUCUCUUAUUCGUUGCGGUCUCGCGAGUGCGUCACCAAGUAUUGCACCAGCUGGUCCGUCGCUUGUCAGUAGGAUAGCAAGGGAGUCUUUGAAUUCGUCCGCUGACUUGCCUAUUCAAACUCCACCCGAGCCUUUGCUACAGUCACCUGAGAAACCAUUCUCCCAGGACACCGAGCAGAGAUAUAGCCUUGACCCUCACCGUCCGAAUCACAGUUCUUCCGAUAUUGGACAGCGCGAGCCGACCCCCGCGCCUGCAGGAGUUUCGAUCCACCCUAUUAUCGAGUCACAUGAGGAGAGGUUGGACAACAAUGUUGAUUUGCCUCGGGUCAAGGUUCUUUUAUGUGGUCUAGAUAAUUCUCUCCCGGACACCAUGCGCUUUAUGUCCGCUUGUUUCAAAUAUGUCAAAGGAGUCCGUCAUCGUGAUAUCCACGUGCAUUGUGUCUUCGAGACCAUAGACAAGGAGUUCGACUGGUUCUUCGACCCUAACGGCAUUGCUCCAGGAGGACUGCUCAUUUUAUGCCUUACCGGACAUGGCGCGCCCACUAGUUAUGGGAUUGAAGUUACUGAUUCAUUUGGCCAAACUCUCGUGGACACAAUCAAGCUCCACACAUCGAUCAACAAACUCCAGGUUCCAUGCACUCUCGAGGUGGUCAUCGGGGCUUGUAAAUCCGAGGGGCUGAUUGCCGGACUCGACCGAUUGCUCGCGAUGGACACGAAAGAUCCAGGCAACGUAACAUCCUCGAGCGAAUCAAGUACAUUGUUCAAGGCGCUCCACAAUCGUCCUCUUCAUUGGAUGGUUCCCAAGUUGAACACCAAAGCACAAAUUAUCGUGUGGGCGGCGGCUGCUGACGACGGGAUCGCUUAUGGUCGUCGCACGAAGAUAGGCUCUCAAGAUCUCAUGAUAGAGGCUAUAUGCGAAGCGCUUACUAGAUCUGGUGGUCAUAUCUCUCGCAAGGUCCUCUUUGAAAAAUCCUGGUGA